AAGCUACAUACAAAAAUUUGAAUUUUGCGCGUAUGUUGAUAGAUCGUGCCGCUAGAAGCGUGCCGCUACGAGUGUUUCGCCUAUUUUAACAGUGGUGUGUAUCAUUUAUUGCAAAUAUUUGUUUGUUGCCCUUAAAAUAAUUCGUAUAAGCAAUUGCAAUGUUUAUGUUUUGAAUAAAAAAAAUGGUUUCGUUAAAAGAAGAUUUAGACAACUACCUUUCAAGAAAUGACAAAACUCAAACUAAAACGUAUAUUCCAAAUAUAAUUAAUAGCGUCAAGAAGCCAAAUGUUGGACAAUGGUUUAGCAUGUCUUCAAAUGAAGAAACCUCAAAUGGAUGGUUUUCGGAAGCCCAGAAAGACUGUUGUCCUAGCUUGACUCGUGUGCAGAGGAUCCUUGGAUUUUGUAUUUUUGUUAGCUUGGGAUUUUUGUUCUUCGGCCUGGCAGCCCUGUACAUCCCAGUGCUGCUUCUCAAAGCCAGGAAGUUUGCUCUGCUCUACACCCUGGGCAGUCUGUUCAUAAUUUUGAGCUUCUCGUUCCUGUGGGGUCCGAUGAACCACCUGCGGCACCUGCUGUCUCGGGAGCGGGUGCCCUUCACCCUGGUGUACUUCGGGACGCUGGCCGCCACGCUGUACUUCGCCCUGGAGGUCCAGAGCAUGCCACUCACGGUGCUGUGCGCGACGGGACAGAUCGUCGCCCUGCUGUGGUUCCUCGUGAGCUACAUCCCGGGUGGCCAGACGGGACUCAGCUUCUUCUCGCGGCUGUGUUCGUCUGCCGUCACGAGCACCGUGUCAAAGACGUUGCCGGUUUGAGCCUCGCGGCGAAGCGCCCAGUGGCGGUCCUAUGGAAGCGGCGAUGACGCAAUCUCCUUCCUCCUCGCACCAAAACCCUAAAAAAAAAAGAGCUCUUGUAACUCAGUACACGUGAUAGAAGUGAAACUUCUUUGGCAACUAAACCUCGACUCGUAAAUUUAUCUUAAGGGGUAAAAUGGCAGAGAGAGAGAGAGAGAGAAAUUAGACAAUUUUUUCUAAAUUAAUAUUACUCUCUGUUGAAAUGCUUACACCAUGUGUUACUGUUUCUUCAAACAAUUCUGCCAUUUGGAACACGCCAAAACUCUGAAUGAAAUAUUAAAUUAAUUACAGAUAGCUUUAUCAAUGCAGGAAAUACAGCAUUCUAUGGUGCAGGUUGAACAAGGAAGAAAGCGAGUGCGCUGGUAGCAAAUAUAAAAUUCGAGGUAUUCACAGCUGACAUUAUAGGAUAUCUAUAUCUAUUUUCUGAAACAACCGCAUGCGUACAAUCUAUGUCUUAUUCUUUCGUUUAUCUAACUAUCUGAGUAAUAUAUGUUUUUUUGGUAGGUGGAAAAACCAUUGCACAAAGAGGAGAACGAAAUUGAGACCAGCAACGUGUAUAGCAUAGUGCUCUCUUUAUAUCUCUUUGUCCAAGUACAUGUUUUUUUUAUUCUUUUCGCAUCAUAAACGUUUCACAAUAAUAUUUCACAAAAACGUUUUAUUAAAAUUUGGCUUUGAAAUUUUACUCUGAUUGUGCCUAUAAGGAAGUUUCACUUCAAAACGGUAGGGAUAACAAAUAUUAUCAGCUCCAAUAUGCACCUGAACUGUAAAGUUUGCAAACCGCCAUUUUUUUUUAAGUAAUUCCGGUAGUUAUGUCCUUCGAUUUAGUUUACUUUUUCCUCCGGCUAGAAUAGGGUAAAAUCAUGACUGGUUGUGAGAUAAGACAAAUUGAACAACCAUUUAAUUAAAAAAAUUGCAGCUUGUAAAACUUGGCUGCUGGAGGUUCAAUUUAUGAUGAAUUUAACGUAAUAUAUACUCAUUUACUAUUAGUAUUAUAUUGUAAUUCACGGAAGGGCAUAUGAUUCUGUAAAUAAAACUAUCUCAUGCCCUCCGUAGGCCAAUACAAUUCCCUGAUGUGUUUAUUCGUCAGACCCCAAAACUGAAUCAAAUACCAUAUGGUGCCGUGACCCUUCGAAGGUUGGACACGUAAGCACGCCUUUGAGGCAGUACAGUGAAACCUCGUUAAUAAAAUACCUGUUAUUUCAAAGUUCGCGUUUAUUCGAACACUUAAUUCCCCUUCAGACUGGGAUAGCAUAUUUAAUGUCAAUCAAUACGGUUAAUACGAAAUAUUUGUUAUUAUGUAUUACUAGGGCCUGGAAAAUUUCGGUGUUUUCAGUAUGCAAAAAGCGGUACUUUCAAAUUAGAAAAGCGGUGGUUUAAAGUCGGUAUUUUCGUUAUGCAAUGGAAAUUUUACCGGUAUUUUAAAUGUUGACUAAAUUGUGCAGUUAUUGAAUAUAAUAGUUUACAUAUUUAAUAAACAAUCCAUGUAUACUAGGAAUAGGCUAAUAUGCAUAAUAACAGCCAAUUAAAUCCAAAACAGUUACACAAAACAGACACGUUGCUAUAGAUGUUUGCAACUACAAAUUUUGUUUUUUUUUUUUUUGGCUGCCAAUGCCACAUGCUUAGCCGACUUUAGGUGUUUGUCAAUGAAAUCUUUUCUAUCCCAUGAAACUUUACAGUUGCAAAAUUUGCACAUCACUGUGCUAUUGUCAGUACAAUAAAACCCAUGUUUCUGAUACUGAUAUGCUCGUAUUUAAUGGAGUGGAGGAACACGGGGUUGCCACUUGAACAAACCCCAGCGCACAAAUGAGAAGAAACUUAGUGUGAACUAUACCCCAGAUUAAUUUUGAGCAUCAAAACCAUACACGAACACGGCUUAUGUAAAAAUAAGGUAAUUAUGCUGAAACACAAGACUUGGGUUAAAGGAUACUUUAACUUUGUGUGGAUCAGGUAGAAAACAUUCGGCUAUAAACGAAAGAAAUAAGAACAAUGCUAUCCUGAAAUGCUGUGACAUGUUUUUGGAGUUGAUAAUCACAGCGACAGACCGACAGGAUGCGCUCCUGCCCUUGCCGUCAGCGAUGUUUAUUUUGACAGCUCAAGCAAUUAUCUUUUCCACGUCCCUUCGCAGCGUAAAAAAAAAAAAAAAAAGAGAAAAAAAACACGCUGACAGUUUCUCACGCAGAAGGUUGAAAUAAGGGAGGGAAUGUGUUGAAAUGUUAGUUGGAAAAGGAGGGGGGGGGGGGAAUUGUUUUUACAUGGUUUGUGGCUCUGGGAGGGAUGAGCCUUGAAGAAUUAGCAGGGGAUGGGAGAGGUAAGCGUCGCGUCGCGUCACGUCACGUAUGACGUCAAGCCGCCUGAAAUUUUAGAACAAGAAUCGCACACUUGAAUCACGUGCACGCAGCUUCACUAUAAUUCUGUUUACGGCAAAUAAUUUGUACGGUAAAUGGUCUACAGUCAAACCUCUAUCUAUCGAACUCGCAUGUAUCGAUUGUCCGUGUUUAUCGUAUACUUUCUACGGUCCCGGCAAAAUUGCCAUACAACUAAGGUUAAAAAAGUCCGCUUGUACCAAUGUUCGAAUUAUCGUUUUGUCCGCAUUGAUCGUACAAAAUAUGUGGUCCCGUCACUAUAAAUUAUAAUAGAUGAUCGUUUAACCAUAAAGAUUUUGCAGAAAUAACCAUUUCUUAGAAAGAAACCGUCAUAAAAACAGUAACGGUAGUAUACAGUAGUAAAAAUCAACUUAAAUCUGCAGCCAAGUAAUGGAGCACGUAAAUAUGAAGAAAAGACAAAUGACAACAACUUACGAAGAAAUUGGAUGAUGUACCAUAACUACAGUACAAACCCAAUUGUUAUCCCAAGAUAAUUACCAUAAAAAGAACUAAAAAUUCUUUGUCGAUACCAUAAUUACUACAGAAGCACGAUAGCUACCACAUUUGCACUACAGUUACCGUAACAACCGAGAUGUAUAUUUACCGUGACGGUAAUGUACGUAUUUAUUUAUGACAUAUUAAAAAUAAAGAACAUUAUUGAAAAAUAGGAUGUUAAAUUUUUAUAUGUACGUUUGGCACAUGUUGCGAAGAAAAAAUGCGAUUUGAAAAAAUGCAGUACUACUACGAAAAGCGAAAAGGGUAAUCGUGGAUUUUUAGGUUAUGGCAGUCUCUCUCGUUUUUCAGUAAUAUCGGCCGAAAAUUAACAAGCAUAUCGGAAGUCGGCAGAAAUGCCGAUUUAACUAAAUAUUGGCAAAAUUGGCUUCUUCAGUACAGCUCUACAUUUGAUGACAUGAGUAAACAUAUUUCAGACUUCAGGAUAUUGAAAAAGACUUUAAUUUCCAUGUAGAUUUAUUGUACGUAUGUUUUUUUUUGCAAGUGUAAAUUGAAUUAAGUAAAAUACCUCAAUUUUUAUUUAUUUUUCAACUGAUUUAACUUUAAUGACAAGUAACUGAUAUAUUUCUGACACUAAUUUUGAGGUUGAAAUAUUUUUUAAAAAUUCUUAGAGUGAAGUCCACUUCAGCAUUAAUUUUCUUGGAAAAUGUUCUAGCUGCUACUGAUGUAGACACUGAUGUCUUGUCUUCCUUCGACAAACUUUGCAGUGCAGUAAAGGACAUUUAUGCAACUAAAAAAGUGCAGAAAAAAAUCAAUGAAUUUUUCAAGCCUCUUUAAUUCUCUAUUUGACUAAUUUUCGAGUAAAAAAUCAAUACUUGAUUUUGUCGAUUAUUAUUAAUGUGAGCAUAUGCACCUGUUAAUACAAACCUCGUUAAUACAAACUGCAAAAUUUUAUGACCCUUCAGGUUUGUAUUAAAGAGGUUUCACUGUAUUUAAAUUCUCAUUUUACUCCACACACAUUAGUCCCUUUAGGGCGUCUGUCCAGUGACCCGAAGCUCUUCUGAUCCUCCAACCCGUACUCAUCGGAAAACCUAAACCUCACCCCCCACUGCCAAAUUCCUUGUUUGUGGGCAGAGUUUUAUUGUUAUCUCUUUGAAUUUUUUUAUUAGUUACAUUCAUACCCUGGUACAUGAUUUCUAGCAUUGGAACUAACAUUCUUAUAAUAUAUUGGUAAUUAGUUUUAAAUUCAAUAUCCGACUAGUUUUGAAAGACACCUUUCCCGUUAGCCAGGAGGAAAGAAAGCGACGGGUCAGUCCAUACCAUCAGCUAGUACCGUUAGACACGGCGUGGUUGUCCCUACAGCCCUGGAGACCAGCCCAGCAGGAAUCAUCCUGACAAUGGAUACUCAUACUGUCACCGCUUCUUUAGAAGGGUUCCGUUCGGCCGAGAUAUAGUGCAGAAUUUAAAUUACUGAAUAUUUAACAUGAAAUCUUUAAUUGAAAUAUGUGAUGAAUUCACUGAUACCAUAAAGACAUUUAUAAUUAAUAAAAUAAAUUUUUUAAAGCAUUAUUUCACAUUUAUAAUCACUACUGUAAUAUAAUUUUUUAAACUGUAAUACUCUAAAAAAUACGUUAAUGCUAUCGUGUGUUAAUGACUUUUAAAGAUGUCAAAUGCAUUGAAAUUGUCUUUUAAAAAAGGGCUGUUGUUUUUUAAAACUUCGGACUUACCAUUUCAUUGGGAUUUAAUUCCAUAACAAUCAAAAUCUUCUGGUCAUCUGCCUUCCCCAAAGUUCGCAGGCUCCGCCACUGGAAGCGCCCAGUUCUCGUUGUGUGUGGUGCAAAGUGGUCGACACAUUCCUACCAUUCUGGUGAGCUUUCAAGAACGGGCUGCGAAGCCUGGUCACUGUUGCUGGCAUUGUGGUCAACCAGAACAAAACGUUGAAAGUUACAUCGGACAGCCACAAAACAUAACGUUGAAAGUUGCAUCGGACAGCCAUUUUUUUAUCAAUAAAAAAAAAAAAAUUUGUUUCAUUUUAUUAGUGUGUGGUGCCAGAAACCGAAUGAACUAUGGAUAUUGAUGACUACAGUUUUAGUGUGAUGUGUGACUUCAAGUACCCUUUGCUAAUAAUUGUAAAAUAUUUUAUCAAAAAACAAAAAAAAAAAGUUUUUGUAAUAAUCAAGCGAUAUAUAUUUCAUAGGUAGCUGACAUGCAUUAUUUUGUAAAUUAAAUCAUAGAAUUGCCAAAGAAUUUAUUUGGUUGCUAGUAAAAACUUUUGGCUGAUUUGAGAGUAAUUAACAUUCAAGUUAAAUGGGACCUACAUUAAGCCAGGCUAUAUUUUAUCCUGUUGUUAUUUUUAUACUUUAUGUUUGGUUUUUGUUUUUGUUUUUAUACAAUCAACCUAGAUAUAAAAAUGAGAAAGAAAAUUAAAAUAUACAUUUGUACAUUAUGUAUUUUAAUAAUAUGAUGACAAUUUAGUUGAAGUGAUACAUUAUGUUGUAUUUUAUGUUCACCAUAAUGACUUGUAAUGUAAAUUUUUAACAAGCUGUGAUCUAAAAACAUCUAUAAAUUUAAAGUGCAGAUUAAAGAGAUAUCAGACUGCAAAUAAGUGCUAUGCCUGGCAAACAAUAUUACAGUGAGUGCAUAAUGUAAUGCAUUGCUUGCACAGCUAGAUGAUUAAAAUUUUUAUUGCCCAACAUUGCCAUCACGUGAGAAAUUUUUUUUGUAUAUAUUGUAUUGUUAUUUGUAACUUAUUUAAAUACUCAACUA